ACCUGCGAGUUGGUAACCUACGAGCGGCUGCGAAGGAAACUGUUUAACCGGAUCCCAUUGUACCCGGAGCCCAGAGCCGCCUUUCCAGCAUGCAGGGGCUGCUCAGACUUUAGUCAAAUCAAGAAGUAGAAGAGAAUUCAGCCAUGGCCCCAAGGAAGAGAGGUGGUCGGGGGAUUUCAUUCAUCUUUUGCUGUUUCCGAAAUAACGACCACCCAGAAAUCACAUAUCGAUUGCGAAAUGAUAGCAACUUUGCUCUUCAAACCAUGGAGCCAGCAUUACCCAUGCCCCCUGUGGAGGAGCUGGAUGUCAUGUUCAGUGAACUUGUGGAUGAACUUGACCUCACAGAUAAACAUAGGGAAGCCAUGUUUGCACUUCCAGCUGAGAAAAAGUGGCAAAUAUACUGUAGCAAGAAAAAGGACCAGGAAGAAAACAAGGGAGCAACAAGUUGGCCUGAGUUCUACAUUGAUCAGCUCAAUUCCAUGGCUGCUAGAAAAUCUCUGCUGGCUCUAGAGAAAGAAGAAGAAGAAGAAAGAAGUAAAACUAUAGAGAGUCUAAAAACAGCACUAAGAACAAAGCCAAUGAGGUUUGUAACCAGAUUCAUCGACUUGGAUGGCCUGUCAUGUAUUCUUAACUUUCUGAAGACUAUGGACUAUGAGACCUCUGAGUCUCGAAUACAUACCUCUCUUAUUGGUUGUAUAAAGGCACUAAUGAACAACUCUCAAGGCCGGGCUCACGUCCUGGCUCAUUCUGAGAGUAUUAAUGUAAUUGCUCAGAGUCUGAGCACAGAGAACAUUAAAACGAAGGUGGCCGUGCUGGAAAUCUUGGGCGCCGUGUGCCUGGUUCCCGGGGGCCACAAGAAAGUUCUGCAGGCCAUGCUGCACUACCAGAAAUAUGCCAGCGAGAGAACUCGGUUCCAGACAUUAAUUAAUGACUUGGACAAAAGCACUGGACGAUACCGAGAUGAAGUGAGUCUCAAGACUGCCAUCAUGUCCUUCAUCAAUGCAGUGCUAAGCCAAGGCGCAGGAGUGGAGAGUUUGGACUUUAGACUUCAUCUUCGCUAUGAAUUUCUAAUGUUAGGAAUCCAACCUGUUAUAGACAAAUUACGGGAACAUGAAAAUUCAACAUUAGAUAGACAUUUAGAUUUUUUUGAAAUGCUCCGAAAUGAAGAUGAACUAGAAUUUGCCAAAAGAUUUGAACUGGUUCACAUAGACACAAAAAGCGCAACUCAGAUGUUUGAGCUGACCAGGAAGAGGCUGACUCACAGUGAAGCUUACCCUCACUUUAUGUCCAUCCUGCACCACUGCCUCCAGAUGCCUUAUAAGAGGAGCGGGAACACUGUUCAGUACUGGCUACUGCUGGAUAGAAUCGUGCAGCAAAUAGUUAUCCAAAAUGACAAAGGACAAGACCCUGACUCUACACCCUUGGAGAACUUUAAUAUUAAGAAUGUUGUACGAAUGUUGGUUAAUGAAAACGAAGUUAAGCAAUGGAAAGAACAAGCAGAAAAAAUGAGAAAAGAGCACAAUGAGCUACAACAAAAAUUGGAGAAGAAAGAGCGAGAAUGUGAUGCCAAAACUCAAGAGAAGGAAGAAAUGAUGCAGACCUUAAAUAAAAUGAAAGAGAAACUUGAAAAGGAGACUACUGAGCAUAAGCAAGUCAAGCAGCAGGUGGCAGAUCUCACGGCACAGCUCCACGAGCUCAAUAGGAGAGCCGUCUGUGCUUCCAUCCCAGGAGGGCCCUCACCUGGAGCCCCAGGGGGUCCCUUUCCUUCCUCUGGGCUUGGGUCACUUCUUCCUCCACCACCCCCACCCCUGCCAGGUGGAAUGCUUCCUCCCCCACCCCCACCCCUUCCUCCUGGCGGUCCUCCCCCUCCCCCAGGGCCUCCUCCCUUAGGGGGCAUCAUGCCUCCUCCUGGUGCUCCAGUGGGUCUGGCACUCAAGAAGAAAAACAUUCCUCAGCCCACAAAUGCCCUGAAAUCCUUCAAUUGGUCUAAGCUGCCUGAGAACAAACUGGAAGGAACAGUAUGGACUGAAAUUGAUGAUACGAAAGUCUUCAAAAUUCUAGAUCUUGAAGACCUGGAAAGAACAUUCUCUGCCUACCAAAGACAGCAGAAAGAAGCAGAUGCCAUUGAUGACACACUGAGUUCCAAACUUAAAGUCAAAGAGCUGUCAGUGAUUGAUGGCCGGAGAGCUCAGAACUGCAACAUCCUUCUGUCAAGGUUGAAAUUAUCCAAUGAUGAAAUCAAGCGGGCAAUUCUAACCAUGGAUGAACAGGAAGAUCUGCCCAAAGACAUGUUGGAACAGCUUUUGAAAUUUGUUCCUGAAAAAAGUGAUAUUGACCUGUUGGAGGAGCAUAAGCAUGAAUUGGAUCGGAUGGCCAAAGCAGAUCGAUUCCUUUUUGAGAUGAGCCGAAUUAAUCAUUAUCAGCAAAGAUUGCAAUCGCUGUACUUCAAAAAGAAGUUUGCAGAGCGUGUGGCAGAAGUGAAGCCCAAAGUAGAAGCAAUUCGUUCCGGCUCAGAGGAAGUAUUUAGGAGUGGUGCUCUCAAACAGUUGUUAGAGGUGGUUUUGGCAUUUGGAAAUUACAUGAAUAAAGGCCAAAGAGGCAAUGCCUAUGGAUUCAAGAUCUCCAGCCUCAACAAGAUUGCAGACACAAAAUCUAGUAUUGACAAGAACAUUACCCUAUUGCACUAUCUUAUCACCAUCGUGGAAAAUAAAUACCCCAAGGUUCUCAACCUAAAUGAAGAAUUGAGGGAUAUUCCUCAAGCAGCAAAAGUAAACAUGACUGAGCUGGACAAAGAAAUAAGUACCUUGAGAAGUGGCUUGAAAGCAGUGGAGACAGAAUUAGAGUAUCAGAAGUCUCAGCCCCCACAGCCCGGAGAUAAGUUUGUAUCUGUUGUGAGCCAGUUCAUCACUGUUGCCAGCUUCAGCUUCUCUGAUGUUGAAGACCUUCUAGCAGAAGCUAAAGACUUGUUUACUAAAGCAGUGAAGCACUUUGGGGAGGAGGCUGGCAAAAUACAGCCAGAUGAGUUCUUUGGCAUUUUUGACCAGUUUCUUCAAGCUGUGUCAGAAGCCAAACAAGAGAAUGAGAACAUGAGAAGGAAGAAGGAGGAGGAGGAGCGGCGGGCCCGCAUGGAAGCACAGCUCAAAGAGCAACGGGAACGGGAAAGGAGAAUGAGAAAAGCAAAAGAGAACAGUGAGGAAAGCGGAGAGUUUGAUGACCUUGUUUCAGCUUUGCGCUCAGGAGAAGUGUUUGACAAAGACCUUUCUAAACUGAAACGGAACCGGAAACGCAUUUCCAACCAGGUGACGGACAGCAGCAGAGAAAGACCAAUCACGAAACUGAAUUUUUAAUUUUCCUUAAAAUCCUUUCCUGGAAAGCUCAGUAGCAGCCCUUUGAAGUGACUAGACUGUUUCAUUACACUGCCUUGCAAUCCAAACAGUGGCAAUUUCUUCCCUCGUCUGUGAGUGAACGUGUGAAUGUGUGUGGAUGUAAAUGUAUGUGUACAUAUAUAUAUAUAUAUAUAUAUAUAUAAAAUGUAUAUAGAAGUCUGAGUGUCGUCUAGAGACCUAUAUGUAUGGUUAAAAUGUUUAUGUUAAUGUAUGUGCUCACAAACCUUUCAUGUAUUCAUUCAUAUUGAGUGUGGCUCAUUUUCUUUCCCUGAACACCAUAUUUGUUCAGAAGCACAAUACUAUCUCCUAAAAGAGAUAAACAGACAUUCCCUAGCUUACAAAAAUGGGGGGAGAGGGAGAAAAAAGGAUAGAAAAAAAAAACAAAGGCUUGUGAAAUAUUUUAUGAUUUCCCAAGCUUGGUAUAGUUCAAAAUUAUUUUUAUCAAUGAAAAUGGAGUUGGAAAAUUAUAGAUUUAAAAUGGUCUUAAAUGGCCAACAGUGUGAUGCUCGGGACAUCACAUUAAUUAAAUUAACAGGACAAGCUGAGCAUCCCUGAGGUUGAUGUAGGGGUAGUGUCCGUAAAUGUUUAUUGAGAACAUCUUGCACACGACUUGUAUUAUGUAGAAUGUCAAUCAGAAUUCUUUUAUAUAGUUAAAAUUUGAACAUCAAUUUGUUCACCCUAAUUUCAUCAAGUUUUCUGCCAAGUGCUCUUGAUGAUUUCUUUAAAUUGCUUUUGGAAAGAAAAACAAUUUAGGAAAAAGAAAACAAGGCACUUUCUAAAUGCAACCUAUGCCAGAAUGUGCUUGUUGGCGCUAACAAUAUAGAUAUAUAGAUCUUCAAAAUAAGAUUCCCCACCCAAGACUUAGAGGAAAGAUUCCCUGAAGGGAUAAAUAUUAUUUUUUUUAAUUAAGAUUUUUUUUAUGGGGUGCCUUUUUUUUUUUCUAUUUUCAGUUUUAUAGGACAAGCUGAAUCUUCUGUAAAUACAGGUCUGGACUGAAAAAGACACUCAAGAAUGUACACAAAGUGUCAACCAUGUCCUCAGAGAUGCCUACAUCUAUUUAUCUCAAAGAAUAUUGAAGUGGUUUGCUUGCUGUUCUAUGUUGUCAUUUUAAAUUGUGUGUCAGUAAAGCUACCUGUAAAUUUUCAGUCCAAAAAAAAAAAAAAAUAAAGCUCUCAGGGAAAAAUGAAUAAAAACAAUGAACAUUAGAAAAUAAAGAUAUAGAUACUUACCAUUAACCUACCAACUCCUAAUAUCCUUAAAUUAUAUGAUAUAUAAAGAGGACUGUUACUUUUUUUUUUCCUUUGGCUUUAUUUAUUUGUAGUUGGGGGGAGGGGCUAUCAUUUUUCUCUUCUCUUUCCAUCUAUACUGUUGUGGUUGGGUUUCCUGUGGAGAGAGUAGUUUUUCCUGUUGCACUCAAACAUUAUUUACUCACUAAAUUGAGUUUCUCAAUCAAUUCAUAUUUAUUAAGAAUCUACUGUGUACCAGGUACAGUAGAGCUACAGUGGUAAGCAAGACAAGACUUCCUGUCCCCCAAGGAGCUUUCAUUCUGAUGGGGUUUUUCAGGUAUGAAUAGAGUAAUAUCAAUGUUUGUGCUAUACAGGAAUCUUCAUAUUUAGAAGUAAUUUGUAUAAACUCUAAUGCGUGGUACAGAUGGCAGGGUAUCUGUGCUGUGUGAAAGCUGUGAAAUCGUGCUCUAAGAGUUGUCAAGAGCUGUGGUUUUUACAUUUGUUUCCCCUCGUUGCAAACUUAGCGACUUUCUAUUCAUUAUAUAGAAGUAAAGGACUCUUGCAAAUAAAGUAGUUAUAAAUACAAAGCAGAGGUGAUACUCUCCCAACCCCGAGUGAACCAAAGUCUGCAUCUUCACCUUGUUCAGGUGCAGAUGGAGACUUGGUUCCAAAACAGGACUGGAGAGGAGAAAGACUGGGAUAGAAUGAUGGUUUUCUCUGUUCCUGAACUAAAGUGCCUCUAUAUAUAUUCUUUUCUAUUUAUAGCAGGAGAAAUUUGGUCUGGCUCCAUUUUGGAACUGUAUUUUGAAAAUGACUUUGUCUUACAGCAUAAGGAAUGGACCAGUGGAAGGAGAGUCACAAUAAGGAGCAAGUUUGUGUCAUAUGUCCCUCUUGCCCUUUUUUAAUCACCGUCAUUUUGAUACGGCCGUCCUGGUAGGCCUCUUUUGCCAUUUCCACUUUUGGUUCUGUCCCUGAAAACUGUGUGCAGGUAAUUCCAUGUGCCAUUGUUGGAGGAAAACAAAAUUAUAAACUACUUUUUAGACUGGUGCUGGUGUAAGUAGCCACUUUUCUCUCUUGGGUGUGUAUUUUAAAUUUGUUUGUUUGUUUGUUUUUUAAAUUAAUGCCAAAAAGAAAAUGCAUUAUAAUUUGUAAACUUAAUUAUAUGUCUUGUUAUCUUCUUAGCUUAGUAGCUGGAACCACUUAGUCUUUAGGUGCAAGACUAUUGGUAUAGUACCAAGAGAAAAAAAAAAGAUGUGUUAUGAGACUGUACAUUUUUUAAAAGAAAAUAGCAAUAUGCAAUAAAGAUGACUUCAUUGGGUGUA